AAAAAAAAAAGACUUUUUGGUGGUUGAAGUACCAUGAAUUAUUAAGCCAUUUACAAACAAAACCUUUAAGUCAAUGUUUUGAAAUUUGGAGGGGAAGACCAAGUCCAAUUUUCCAAAGAACCAAAAAUGCACCCAUCUCGUGCCGAAGCAGCAGCAUCACAACCCUGCUUUAAUGGCUGUUUCCCAUCUCCACUUCUUGCCUCUGAGAAGUCCCAUAGAACUACUUCUUCCAAGCCCAAAGUCGUCAAUAAUAAUAAUGUAACUUCAUCACACGAUGACUUCGUCGCAGCCACAUCUUCCACCCUUCACCCACACACAAAUUUCACCAACCACGAGUCCCUCCCAUCUUUGCAAGACUCAUACAUCAGCUUCACCAAAGCAUUCCCUCAGUUCUCCACAACAACUUCUGAAGUCGAUCAAAUUCGAGCCCUAGAAUACCAUCACUUGAGCAACCACUCCAACGCCUGCUUCGACUACACCGGUUAUGGCCUUUUCUCCUACUAUCAGCAACAAAGAAUAUCUUAUUCUUACCCCACAAUUGCUUCUUCUUCUUCAUCCUCAUUUCCUUACUUCAGAUCAGAUGCAUCCUUCUUUGAUAUAUCAUACAAGUCAGUGAACUUGCAGUCGCAGGUUCUAUACGGUGGACACGAGUCAGAACUAGAAUCCAGAAUCAGAAAGAGAAUCAUGUCUUUCAUGAAUGUCUCCGAAGCUGAGUACACCCUUGUUUUCAUUGCUAAUGAGGUAUCUGCUUUUAAAAUUGUAGCUGAUUCUUUCCAAUUUCAAAACAAUAGACAGCUCCUCACAGUGUAUGACCAUAGCAGCGAGGCUUUGGAUGUGAUGAUUGAGAGCUGCAAGAAGCAAGGGGUGCAUGUCUUGUCAGCAGAAUUCUCCUGGCCAAACCUCAGAUUGGAGUGGAGGAAACUAAAGAAGAUGGUAACGAAGAACAAAAGGGAAAAGAGAUCAAAAGGAGGUUUAUUUGUUUUCCCAAUUCAUUCGAGGGUCACAGGAGCACCAUAUUCCUAUGUUUGGAUGUCCAUGGCACAAGAAAAUGGGUGGCGUGUUAUGCUUGAUGUGUGUGGGUUGAAACCUAAGGAAAUGGGCACCUUGGGUAUGUCACUUUUUAAGCCUGAUUUCAUGGUUUGCUCGUUCUACAAAGUUUUUGGUGAAAAUCCUUCUGGUUUUGGGUGCUUGUUUGUGAAAAAGUCUAGUGUAUCUUCUUUGAAAGAUCCUGGUUAUGCCACAAGCAUAGGAAUCAUAAGCCUUGUCCCAGCAUAUAGACAUGAGACUGAUGAACAAGUAGUUAUUGAAACUGAUGAAGCAGAUCAUCAGCAGCAAGAUGGGGCAUCAUCAGCAACAGAAAUAGAGGAGUUAAACAUAAUACCCUUUGACUCAUCUAGAGAUACAAACAGAUUAGGUACUAAAAAUGAAGGCUUUGAGAUUCAUUGUAGAGGAUUAGACCAUGCAGACUCGGUGGGGUUAUUACUAAUUAGUAGCAGGACCAAGUACUUGGUCAAUUGGCUGGUUAAUGCACUAAUGAGUCUUAAACAUCCACAUCAUGAAAAUAGUAUUUCCCUAAUUAGGAUUUAUGGGCCGAAGAUAAGUUCUAUCCGAGGACCCGCUGUGGCAUUUAAUGUAUUUGACUGGAAAGGGGAGAAAUGUGAUCCUGCACUUGUGCAGAAGCUUGCUGAUAGGAACAACAUCUCUUUAGGGAGCUCAUAUUUGAGAAAUAUAAGGUUCUCUGACAAGAAUGAAGAGGAGAGACAUUGGGCCUCAGAAACAACAAGAGGUUGUUCUGAGGUUGAAGGAUUGGGCCUGUCCAAGAAAAAGACACGUAGCCAUGAGCCUGGGAUUUUUGUUGUCACUGCUGCACUGGGCCUCUUGACAAACUUCGAAGAUAUCUACAGAUUAUGGGCUUUUCUUUCUAGGUUCCUGGAUGCUGACUUUGUGGAGAAAGAGAGGUGGAGAUACAUGGCUCUUAACCAAAAGACUAUUGAAGUAUGAAUGCGUUGCUUCCUAUUGUUCACCAGCUCGUUAUUUUUCUCAAUAAUUAACAUUUUUUAUGGUUACAUGGUUUUAGAAUCAUGUUGAGCAUUUGUACCAAGUUUUGUAUGAUAAAUCUAUCUCUACAUUCACUUUUGAUCAAAGAAUUUGUAAGAUCAAUAUUUUUAAAAAUAUUUCAUGUGACUUGAGGGUUUUAAUUC